AAUCAGUUUCGUCCUCUGUUGAAUCUCCAGCUUCUGUUGCUCGUUCUGAAUUCCUCGUGCGGCUUGCACGAUCCAAGAUCUCAUUUCUCUCGUUCUCCUGACACCAGACAUAUCGUUGCUCCGCAGCCGGACAGACGCUGGCCCAGUGAAUAUGCCACUCCGUCCUCCCGUUCAGUCCGAGGGCGAGCCCAGCUCUGAACUGAUGAGGAGCCAGAAAGAUGUCAAGGUCGACCAAGCUGUGCUCGAGAAUGACAGCCUGUCUGUCGGGGACUCCUCGCCGACUCUCUCCGAUGAAGCCUUGAGUAUGGCCCAGGGGGAGAUCUUCAAAACCUCCAGUCAUAGCUUCGGUGAAUAUCUGGAGACUGCGUCGGCGGCGUCAGACGACUCCAGUGACCACAACCAGGUCGUAGGCGCCGAACUUCCAAUCUAUAUUGUCCGUCGGUCAGGCUGGAAUAUCAUCGACUACCAUUUGUAUCUUGUCCACAAUGAGAGGGGCAAGGAUGAGUGCAUCAGACGCAAUAGCAUGUUCUUGUAUGACGGUUUGGACUGUCGUCCCUGUCUCUUCAGCGAGCUGUACCAACCCGGGAUGCCUCGCCCUGAAGAUAUUAUUCUGUUUAACAUCUUGCCCAUCAUUGAACGACACAACCCUGUCAACUGCAAGGGCUAUGUGUUGGGCUUCGAUGUCGGCAAGCAGACUCUCUUCGCCCGCCAAUUCCAGUGGAUCCCGGACGUUGUUGAGGACGUCUGGUGCGUGUGGGACGAGGGUAUCGACAAAUACAGUCUGGACAUCAAAGACCUGCUUACCAUCCUUCGUCUCUGUAUCGAUGACCACAAACUGUCUCCGGGCGAAGGCAUUCUUACCUACAACAAACUUGUGUGCGAGGAAGACAAAACCGAUGAUCCUGGCAUGGAGCUUGUCAUUGUCGUUUCGUUCUGCCAGUGGAUUUUGGACGUCGCUGGGCCGCUUUUUGCCCCCAACUUGCCCGGAUUCGCCUACGUCAUCAAGGAGCUCGAGCGUUACAUGAAAGCAUGCCGCAGUAUUUUGCAACGCGCCUCGAAGAGGGCUUGGGAGGCCAUUGGAAAUGGCUAUACCAAACAGAUGCGUAAGCGCAAUGCAUCCGUGAACCAGUACACUGAUGACCUGUACACCUUCGUCAAGUCCGAAAUUGAAGUUGAUGCGGAACAGGGCCAGCCGUACGCACCCGGCCUGGACACUUGCCACAGACUUCGCCGGCGAUACGAGGAGCAGCGAAAGGAGCAUGCGGAGCAGCGCUUGCAGAGCUUGUUUGCGGCGCCCGACAAAGAUAGCCUCCCGGAGUCUGCCCAGGACAUGCUCCAGAAAGCGGUUGCAAGAUCACGGAUGGGACUGGCGUCCGGGGUGCUGCCGUCCCCUCAUACGCCCCCGGCCAGUUCACCUCCCCAGCUUGACAGCGAUCCUGCGGACGGCUGGGGUCCUCCGUCCCCAGAGAUUGUCACCCCGUCGAUUGAAAAAUAUGAGGAUCGCGAAAUCACGGAAUACGAUACGCUCCCGCUUCCAGCGCUCAUGGGACAAGCCCUAAGCAUAUUGGCGGCACAUCCCUCCCGCGACAAUCCCCAGUCACGCGCUCGGUUCGGGGAAUUCCUGGGGGAGAUUGGAGUGUAUCUUCGACGGAAUCCGGCUGGCGAUCUUCACAUGGGGGGACUGACCACCAACCACCACGCGACCUGGGAGCUGUGCGUCUUGGAAGAGGGACAGGAAGCUCGGGGCAUUCGUCGUCUGCUUCCUGGUCCAGUCUUUGAUUGACCGUGAGGGCCUGGUUAUGAAAUUGUUAUGGAAAUGACGACACCUGGUGGAGUAACAGCAGAGUGCGUUGGAGGCGCCGCUGCUUGCUGCAACUUCUGGAGUGAUUGCUUAUGG